GACCAAAUCUCGUCGGAAAAUUUCAAAUCUUUGCUAGAAAACUGCGAUACUCCUUCAGUUUUCAAUUUUUUCCCCAUUUCCGGCGAGCAAAACCCAAAACAAAUGUCAUACCCAUUCUCCCCUCUUCAAAACCGGCAUGUGCUGAAAUUUUGGGGAGAUUUGGGCCAACUUUUUUCCGGUCAAGUCGGCGGCGGCAAGCUUCCGACGAGUCCCCGACGAGAUGAAGCUCUGACUACCCCGCUCAGGUCAGUUUUUCGGCCGUUUUUCACCUUCCUCGCCCGCACCUCACUUCCUCCUACGUCCUACUUGCGUCUCCUGGUUGGUUUUUCAGCUUUACCUUAUUAAUUUGUGGAGAAUUUGAUUAGGUAGUGAAGUGAGGAUGAUUUUUGUGCUUUGCUUGUUGAACCUAGAUUUAGGGCGAGGAAUUAGGUGAAUUAGGUCGAUUGAAUGGUGGAAUGAUUUUUUCUUAAGCUUAGUUGAGCCUUGGUGGGUGUGUUGAUCCGAUUUGCCCACCAAGUGCUAUGUUAUGAAUGCAAGUGGAGUUUUAUGCUUGAUUGGCGGAUUGUUGCCACCGUGGUUUGGAUUGUGGUUCAAUUUUUUGUGUGCUUGAACCGUGAAUUACCCACAACCAUGCCAAGGUGGUUAGAGCUUAAAUGUUUGAUAACCAUGGUGGAAAAACAAGUGUGGGGGGAAUCUCUCUUCCUCCCAAGGGGAAUUUUCUGAUGAUUGUUUCCACGUAUUGUGUCUGUUUGUCAAUUUGUGCAGGAUGCUUAACUUGGAGCAUGAGUACAUCCGAUAUUUGGUGCACCACCCAAAUUUUGGCGACAAGUUUGCCUACCAGAGUGGCAGCCCAAUUGGGGCUCACUGAUCGCCACUUCCUUCGCCUGGUGUCUGGGGCGGAACAUAAUGGACACCAUGCAUAUGGGGGGCCUCAUCACGAGGGUGGCCUGACACUCCGGGUGGAUCUGACUUGGUGCACCAGCGCCGAGUGGAGUACCUUGAGGGACUCCGACCUUCAGGAGUCAUCCGAGCUGUAGUUGACCCUGCACCAGUAAAGCCUGACCCCGAGGUCCUGACACUAGCAGAGCAGCCACCUGCUCAUGCACCCGGCCGCCGCCGCCGUCCAGCGCUCCAACGCCCAGCAUAGCCACCAGCAGCAGCGGCAGGUGAUCCCUUCGUUUAGAGGGUGGAUCUCCUUGAGACGAGCUUCGUGGGAUUCUCUUUUCGCCUGGACCGGCAGACUGACAUCCUCGAGCUUAUGGGUCGACGCCAGCGAAAUGUUUGGCCAUUGGUUGUGUGAGUGGUUUUGUAUUGAUGUUGUAGGUUCUAGGUGAAUUGUUGAACCUCAUGCUUUAUGUGACACCACACAAAAAAGCCUUUUCCCCAUGUCCGAGACCCUAGCCAGUCAUCUAAACUCAUGUCUAAGACCUUCGGACAAGCUAGUGAUGAAACCUAUCCUGUGAGCUCUAGCAUUUUGAGUGUAAAGUAUGCACAUAUUUUGCAUCAACAUGCUCUUGACCCCACUGGCCGAGAGUGAGUGAUUCAUUCAUCUUAUCUUGUUCAUAUCAUACCCAGGUGAGGACGUAGUUUGCUCAUUCGUUUGUUCCUCUGAUGUGAUCUUUAUGCAAGGAUAACUGCGUUCUGUGAGUCGUCGUUGUAGGAUAUGUUUUGGUUUGUGAACAGGGUGAGAAAUUUUUGUUUUCACGUUCUUAAUGCAUUCAAAUGUCAUUUGUGGUUGUUGCCAGAAUUUAUUGUUGUUCUCCAUAUGUCGAUGCCAAAUAGACAUUGAGAUCCAUCCACUUUGUGCCCUUUGACAUGUCCCAAAGUCAUUAUGUUUAGAUUGAAAUAUUACCUUGUUUGAGAUUGGUUUGCUUGGAGACAAGCAAACGUCCAAUUAUGGGGGAGUUUAAUUCGUGCAUAAUUACACAUGUUUCGCCCCCAUAUUCUUGUGAUGUUUGAGGCAUUUACAUCGCUCGAGGAUCAAUUUUACCCUAGGUUGUGUAUGUUUCAGGUCUUAGUAGGUGGAAUUGACCUCGAGAGCGAAAUUAGAACGAAAGAAGGCAAAAAUGCAAUAAAAUGGAAAAAAAAGCCAAGGUCACGGCUAGAGGACGUUUGUCACGAGCAAGAGAUCGUGACAAUUGAGCGAGACCGUGAAGAUCGCAAGGAUCCAAGAGCUUUUACAGACCUCGAGGGCAAGUUGGAGAUCACGGGCACCCGAUCGUGACAAUUCUGCCCCUGUCGUGAAAUCUCUAAAUGAAACAGUGUGUUUUAGCUCGUGAUCACAUGCAAGCCUCCGAGAUCACGACCAUGACAUUUGAUCGUGACAAUCGCGACUAAGGAGGGAUGAGCUGAAACCAAAGAGGGAGAAUUCUUGAGUGAGAUUGGCUUCUUCCUCUUUAUCUGGAGAGAGAAAUUUAUCAACCAAAGGAGAAAGAAGAAGUUCUUGACCUCCCCAAGGCUUGAAGAGUUGACAUUUCUCCUCCAAGGAGACAAUCCAAGAAACUAAGGUUGAAGUGAAGCCACUUACCAUGGUUUUUUUCUCAUUCUUUGUUGUAUUCUUCUUCUUUGUCAUGGAGUAGUUCUCCGAUUCACUUGUGUAUUGUGAACCCUCAUCUAGAAAUGUGAUAGGUAGUAUGAAUCGAAUGCUAUGUGAGUGGGUUUGUGUUUAAUACAAGGUUUGAGGUAAUUUUUCAUGAUUCUUGAGUGGUGUUCUUCAUAUAUCAAAGGUAGGUCAAAUUGACCUAGGUGGAGGAAAUCCCCCUUUGGGCCUUAGGAAUUUGGAUUUAUUCACCAAUUGGGUAACCCCAUCUAGGAUGAUUGAGGACAAGCUCAAACAUGGGAUUAGUGCCAUGAACCUAUCAUGAUGGUUACUUUUUUGCUGUUCAGGAUUUGUUUCCUAGGGAGUGGUCUUAGCAACCCUUAGUCAUGAGUCAAGAGAGCUAGCUUCCUAGCUUAUUUUGACAUUUCUUGAUUAAUCGUCUAAGAGUGUGGGGUUUCUCCACUAGUAUCGACCUCCUACUGGUUUAUGAACACACCUUUCCACACUAUCAUUACAUUUGGCUAACCUUGAUACGAGACUAGGGGGAGCAAUACCCAGACGAAGCCUUCUCACAUUGAAACCACCUCAAUUUUACUUUCUUUGCUUGUUUUCAACUGUAGUUUUUUACCUUUAACUCCGAACUGUUUUCUAGAUAACAAUUUAAAUGAUUGAAGUAGGAGUACAGGGACCGCCUCGGGUUGACAAUUAAAAUGCUUGCCCACUACACCCUACUAGAGUUUGCACUUGGCCUUUGGUCGAGAUUUUAUUGUGUAGUUAGUAACGAGUCGCAUACUGUGAAGAUGGCACCGAGACUAUGAAGAUCGCAAGGUUCCAAGAAGAUCUCUAAAGCUUGCGGGCAGUGUCAGGAUCAUGUUGGCAGACUCUGAUGUCAGCAAGCGGCUCAUGAAGAUCGUAAGUGAUAUGGCAUGUUUUGUGCCGAGAUAAUGGUUACCCUGUCGACUUAACGGGCAUGAUCUAUGUCCUUGAUUCGUGCACUCGGGGACUAUAAAAGGAAGAGUUUGUUGAAUUCAAGCGGAGAGUCUUAUAGAGAGAUUAUGGCUUCUACUUCAAGGUUUAGAGAGAGAGCUACGAGCUAAAAAAGGACGAAGGAGAUUUUUCCCUACCCAAGGCUAGAAGAAGGUUCAUUUCUUCUCCCAAGGUGGAAUCAAGCGUCUAAGAGGAACUAAGAUCACUUUCUAAUGGGUUUUUCUUCUAUCUUAUUUGUGUUUUCUCCUCUAUCUAUUGAGUAGUGUCCAAUUUCACUUGGAUGUUGUGAACCCUAGUGUAGGAUGCGUUAGAUAGUAGGAAUUGAACUCUAUGUGUGUAAGUUUGUGUUUAAAAAAAAUUUUGAGGUAUUUUUUCAAGAUUCUUGAGUGGUGUUCUUCAUAUCGCAAAGUUAGGUCAAAUUGACCUAGGUGGAGGAAAUCCCUUUUGGGGCUUAGGAAUCUAGAUUUCUUAUCCAAUUAGGUAACCCCACAUAGGGUGAUUGAGGACAAGCCUCAAACAUCGAAUUAGUACCAUGAACCUAUCAUGAAGGUUAUUUUUUUGCCGUUCAGGAUUUGUUUCCAAGGGAGUGGUCUUAGCAACUCUUAGUCGAUUAGUCAAGAGACCUAGCUUCCUAGCUUAUUUUGACAUUCCUUGAUUAAUCGUCUAAGAGAGUGGGGUUUCUCAACUAGUCGCAACCUCCUCACGGUUUAUGAACACACCUUUUCACACUAGCAUUCUAUUCGGCUGACCUUGAAACGAGAAUAGCGGGAGCAAUACCCAAGUGAAGCCUUCUCACAUUGAAACCACCUCAAUUUACUUUCUUUGCUUAUUUUCAACUGUAGUUUUUUUAGCUUUAACUCCAAACUGUUUGCUAGAUAACAAUUUAAACGAUUGAAGUAGGAGUACAGGGACCGCGACGGGUUGACAAUUAAGACGCUUGCCCUAUACUACACUCUACUAGCGUUGGAGUUGGGCUUUAGUAGGGAUUUAAUUGUGUAGUUAGUAACGAGUCACAUACCAUGAAGAUGGCACCGAAACUGUGAAGAUCGCAAUGUUCCAAGAGGAUCUCUACAGCUCGCGAGAAUUUUUAGGAUCACGGCCAUAGACCCUGAUGUCAGCAAGCGUCUCAUGAAUAUCGUAAGUGAUAUGGUGCGUUUUGUGUCGAGAUCAUGGUUGCCCUGUUUACUUAACAGGCAAGAUCUCUGACGGUGAUUCGUGCACAUGGGUACUAUAAAAGGUAGAGUUAGAUGAAUUCAAGGGGGGGCUCUUAGAGAGUGAUUGGAGCUUCUGCUUCAAGGUUUAGAGAGAGCUACAAGCUAAAAGAAGGAGGAAGGAGAUUUUCAUCUACCCAAGACUAGAAGAAGGUUGAUUUCUUAUCCCAAGGUGGAAUCAAGCAUCUAAGAGGAAGGAAGAUGACUUUGUAAUGGAUUUUCAUCUAUCUUAUUUGUGUUUUCUCCUCUACCUAUGGAAUAGUCUCCAAUUUCACUUGGAUGUUGUGAACCCUAGUCUAGGAUGUAUUAGAUAGUAGGAAUUGAACUCUAUGUGUGUGGCUUUAUUUUUAAUACAAUGUUUCAGGUAGUUUUUCAUGAUUCUUGAGUGGUGUUCUUCAUAUCUCAAAGUUAGGUCAAAUUGACCUAGGUGGAGGAAAUCCCACUUUGGCCUUUAGGAAGCUAGAUUUCUUGACCAAUUGGGUAAUCACAUCCAGGGUGAUAGAGGACAAGCCUCAAACAUCGAAUUAGUGCCAUGAACCUAUCAUGAUGGUUACUUUUUUGUCGUUUAGGAUUUGUUUAUGAGGGAAUGGUCUUAGCAACCCUUAGCCGAUUAGUUAAGAGAGCUAGCUUCCUAGCUUGUUUUGACAUUCCUUGUUAUGAUUUAUGAACACACCUUUUCACAUUAGCAUUCCAUUAGGCUAACCUUGAUACGAGACUAUGGGGGAGCAAUACCAAGUGAAGCCUUCUCACAUUGAAACAACCUCAAUUUACUUUCUUUGAUUGCUUUCAACUGUAGUUUUUAACCUUUAACUUCGAACUUUUUGCUAGAUAACAAUUUAAACGAUUGAAGUAGGAGUACAGGGACCGCAUCGGGUAGACAAUUAAAAUGCUUGCCCUAUACUACAUCCUACUAGAGUUUGCACUUGGGAUUUAGUCGAGAUUUAAUUGUGUAGUUAGUCAUGAGUCACAUUCCGUGAAGAUGGCACCGAGACUGUGAAGAGUGCAAGGUUCCAAGAAUAUCUCUACAGCUUGCGAGCAGUGUCAGGAUCACUGUCGCAGACCAUGAUGUUAGGAAGCGACUGGUGAAGAUCGUAAGUGAUAUGGUGCGAUUUGUGAUGAGAUCAUGGUUACCUUGUUGACUUCAAGGGCGUGAUCUCUGAUCGUGAUUCGUGCAGUCAAGAAGGUAGAGUGAGCUGAAUUCAAGGGGAGCAUCUUAAAGAGAUUGGAGCUUCUUUUUUAAGGUUUAGAGAGAGAGCUACGAGCUAAAGAAGGAGGAAGGAGAUUUUCACCUACCCAAGGCUAGAAGAACGUUGAUUUCUUCUCCCAAGCUGGAAUCAAGCAUCUAAGAUGAA